AAAAAGAAUCUAAAAAGGUUUGUGAUAUUACAUUUAAUGAUUGGGUGGAGACAAUUAAAAAAGUUUGGGAUCGACAUAAUCAAGAAGACCAGAAUCGAAUAAGUAAUGUUGAUCUGGAGUCAAUUAUUGAAGCGAGAAUAAAAAGAAAACCUGAUAUUUCUUUAUAUGAUGAUUUCGCUAUUCUGGUUUCCAAU